CUUACGCCUGCAGAGGGCACCAGGUUGUGGAACGUCGAUUUAAGGCCGAGCUAGGGCGAGGUCAGUCGGGACACAGAAUAGGAGAUGCGUGUCGCCCUUGCUUUCAUAGUACAGUUGCAGCAUUGUAAGCUCCUCGGGGCUGGGGACCAUCUUGCUUCGUUACUCCACGAAGCCCUAUUACCCGAAUAAGCGUCCAGUUGAAGGUAUUGGAUGUACCAAGGGAAUAGGGAACUCCACGGCAAAGCAGUCAGAGAACAGUGGAUUCUAACUCCCAUCAGCCCCAGCGCUCUAGAGUACUGGAAGCAGGGGUCCAAGGCAUGGAAGACACCAGGUUGUGGGAGACCGAGGAAAAAAGGAGGAUGAAUUAAUUGGAAGUGCAAGAGAUCUUAGCUGGAAUCUGCGUGGGCACAACCAUGGUGAAAUCAUGCUGUGCGAUAAACUGCAACAACAAAUUUUCGCUCGGCAACAACAUCUCCUUUCACAGGUUUCCUCUCGGGAAAAAAGAAGUGCUAAAGAGGUGGGUUUGGAACAUCCGGCGGAAGAACUUCACUCCUACACGGCACCAUGUGAUAUGCUCGGAGCAUUUCCGAGAGGCAGACUAUCUCGAAAAUGUGGCCUCCGGGAGGCGAUACUUGAAGCCUGAAGCGAUUCCAACUGUGUUCAACAUCCCUGAACGACUGAAGAAGGGUGCCAAGAGGAGACGGCCUCUUCUCCGCCAGAAGCCGGCUGAUCCUCCACCAAGCGGCCGACCACUGAAAGCCAAGGAAAGCGCAGAGCUGCCCUCUCCUGGAAAUGAUGUUGUUGGGCUGGAGCAUUCCUACUCUCUCCAGGCCAGUCCAGCCCUUGCAGAUCUGGAUCUUCAGUCGUCAUCCAUGGGGGAACAAGGUCCAACGAAUCCCCCAGAUGGAAAAGGCCCCCUCUCGCUCCCGGCCAGGCCUUGGAGAGCCUGCCGGGAAAGAACAAGGCCAAAUGCCUCCGAGGAGCCCAUUGUUAACUCGGACCUACAGCGCCAGCGUUUCCGGCAGUUCCGCUACCAGGAGCACAAGGGUCCCCGCGAGGUUUGCAGCCAGCUCUGGGAGCUCUGCCACCAGUGGCUGAAGCCGGGAAGGCACACCAAGCUGCAGAUGCUGGAGCUGGUGAUCCUGGAGCAGUUCCUGGCCAUCCUGCCCCAGGAAAUGCAGGACUACGUCAAGGAAUCGGGGCCGGCAAGCUGCGACGAGGCAGUGGGCCUGGUGGAGGAUUUUGUGGAGAAUCAGCGAGGGGAAGAGGCGGGGAGGCCGCUGGCCCAGACGGCAGCUGAUUUCCCUGAGUCAAGUAUGGCUGCUUUAGACGCUCGGUGUGCAUCGAAGCUCAGAAGGCUCUCGCAGAAUGGAGAUGGAACUGUCACUCUGCUGGAAGAUGGAACUCUGCGAAACCACGUGAAGAACGUUCAGAAAGACAGCCCUGUGUCAGAAGAAGGAGAAUUCCAGGAGGAUAUUUCCUCUGAGGUUGAGAUUGUUGAAACAGACAAUGACCAAAUGCAAGGAAAAGGAGCUGAGAGUCAGUUGGUUACGCCUGAGGCCGGAGAAGGAGUAACUCUGGCGAAGCUGAUAGGGGAGGCUCCCCGUUGUCCUAAGAUGGAAGAGACAACCGGAUGCCUGCAAGAUGCAGAAAAUUCCCAGGAAAACCAUCAAGGGAAACGAGUAAAAGAGAAUCCAUAUAAAUGCGUACACUGUGGAGAAAGUUUCCAUAAGCGGUCUCAGCUGGUUCUACACGAGAGGGGUCAUACUGGAGACAAACCAUACAGUGGUUCCCAGGGCAGUGAGUGUUUCUCUUCCUGCCCUGAUCUUCUCGGCCAUGAAGCCAGCCACACAGGAGAGAAACCCUACCAGUGCUCAGACUGUGGGAAAAACUUCCGCGAGAAAGCGUAUGUCAUUCAACACCGGAGAAUCCACACAGGGGAGCGACCGUAUGCGUGCUCAGAGUGUGGGAAGAGCUUCUUCCGUCGAGGGUCCCUCAUUCUGCAUGAGAGGAUGCACACCGGAGAAAAGCUGUACCGGUGCUCAGACUGUGGAAAGAGCUUCAAUCGGAAGCCACACCUUGCUGUGCACCGAAGGAUUCACACCGGGGAGAAGCCGUACGAAUGCUCGGACUGUGGGAAGAAUUUCAGUGUGAAAUCGGCACUUAAUGUGCACAUGAGGACUCAUUCGGAAGAGAAGCCAUACCAGUGCGCUGACUGUGGGAAGAGCUUCCGCGAGAAAGGAACUCUUAACAUACAUAAGCAAAGCCACACGGCAGAAAAACCGUAUCAGUGCUCCGAGUGUGGGAAGUGUUUUCGUUACACAGCUUCCUUCCGGAGGCACAAGAAGACUCAUGCAGUAGGUCCAGUCCAGAAAUCUUACGAAUGUCCCGAGUGUGGGAAGAGCUUUGGCCGCAAGGACUAUCUUAUCACACACCGGAGAAUUCACACAGGAGAAAAGCCUUACAUGUGCUCAGUGUGCGGGAAAAGUUUCAAUCACGGUGCAACCCUCGUCACGCAUAAGAGGACUCACACAGGCGAGAAGCCUUAUGAAUGCUCCGAGUGUGAGAAGAGCUUCAAACAGAUCUCAGGCCUUAUCACACACCGAAGGACCCACACGGGAGAGAAACCCUAUGAAUGUACUGACUGUGGGAAACGCUUCAUUCUGAAAUCCUACCUUGAUGUACACAAGAGAAUCCACACCGGGGAGAGACCUUAUCAGUGCUCACACUGUGGGAAAGGGUUCUCAUGCUCCUCUUAUCUUUUGAGGCAUGAGAAAACCCACACGGGGGAGCGUUCACACACUUGCGCUGACUGUGGCCAGAGCUUCCACUGGAAACGUUCCCUGAUCAUGCACAUGAGGAAACAUACGGGGGAGCAGAAUUUACAUGAGUGCGCAGUCUGUGGCAAAACCUUCAGCUGGUCAUCAGCUCUGAACGUCCACAUGAGGACCCACACCGGGGAGAAGCCGUACGCCUGCUCCGAGUGCGGGAAGACUUUCAGUGGCAAAUGGAUCCUCAUCCAGCACAAACGGAUCCACACCGGGGAGAAACCCCACGAAUGCCCCGAGUGUGGGAAAAGCUUCCAUGCGAAGUCGUCCCUCCUGGCGCACCAGCGGACCCACACCAGGGAGAAGCCACACGAAUGCGCCGAGUGUGGAAAAAGCUACAGUGUGAAAGCCAACUUCGUGGCACACCAGCGCACUCACACGGGGGAGAAGCCAUACGAGUGCUCCGAGUGCGGGAAGAGCUUCUAUAAGAAGGACCGGCUGAUGACGCACAAGAGGACUCACACGGGGGAGAAGCCGUACCGGUGCUCAGAAUGCGGGAAAGGGUUCAACUGGAAGGUGGGCCUGAUCAACCACAUGAGGAUACACACGGGCGAGAAGCCGUACGCCUGUGCGGAGUGUGGGAAGUGUUUCCAUAAAAAAGACCACCUCGCUCGGCACGAGAUCAUCCACACGGGAGAAAAGCCAUAUGCCUGCUUUGACUGCGGGAAGUGCUUUAACCAGAAGGUUGCCCUCAUAGUGCACAGCAGGACUCACACGGGAGAGAAGCCAUAUAAAUGCUCCGAAUGUGGGAAGAGCUUCAGCUGGAAGAAAUCUCUGAUCACUCACAAGGCGGCCCACACGGGGAAGAAACCCUACCAGUGCUCCGAGUGCACGGAAAGCUUCAGCCGGCGGUCUCAGCUUGCAGAACACGAAAGGACCCACAUAGAUUUUGUGGCUGCCUCUUCGGAACUCUCUGUGGAAGAAAUUAGCACUGCUGUGAUGAGCUUGGAUUGCAAUGCAAUUAUUCUGACCACCGCUGUGUAGCUCCAGACCCUCCAAAAGCUGAACUGGGGCGUGUGGGAUCCAGCCAGAUUGCCAGAACCCGAUAAACUUUUUCAUAAGUUGCUACAGCUCAGCAUCUUGGAACAUUGUCCAGAACUUUUUGUGAAACGCACCCCUUUCUAGGGCCGCCUUCCCAGUACUCCAGGGUAACUGCAGUUUCUCCUGGGACGAUUCCUCCCUCGUGAUCCUCCUUGAAGUCACCAUCAACGUUGUGUUGAACCAUUAGCUUUGCUCGUGUCUUCUGAAGAACAUAGAUCCAAAUGAAAUACUUUAAAAUCUGA